UUGUGGACAUCUAACCAUUCUGUCUAUUCUCUAAAUGCAGCGUCAUUUCUACUGACCAAUUGGUAUAUUGUGGGCGGAGCCUGCGCGCAAACGACUACCUAUAUUGAUGAAUCGAAAAACGUAUCAACUGUUCACAGAACACAAAGCAUUAUGUCUGGACGUGGUAAAGGAGGAAAAGGACUCGGAAAGGGAGGAGCUAAGCGCCAUCGCAAAGUUCUUCGUGAUAACAUCCAAGGUAUCACCAAGCCUGCUAUCCGUCGUCUUGCUCGUCGUGGUGGAGUUAAGCGUAUCUCUGGACUCAUCUAUGAGGAGACUCGUGGAGUUCUUAAGGUCUUCCUUGAGAAUGUCAUCCGUGAUGCCGUAACUUACUGUGAGCACGCCAAGAGAAAGACCGUCACCGCUAUGGAUGUCGUCUAUGCUCUUAAGCGUCAAGGCAGAACCCUUUAUGGAUUCGGAGGAUAA